AUGGACGACGAGUGUGCCCUUGCGGUUCGUCGUCGGCAAAUCUCGAGGCGAAAUCGACUGAACUUCUCCUGCCGGCACCGGUUCGAAUUCCCAUCUGGCGACGAAAUCUCCUUCCUCCCACACCUCGUAGUGAUGAUCCCUAUGAAUUACCGUCAAACCUCACACCUGCACUUAAACGAGUCAGAUCGAAAUCCAAGAUCUCGUCUAAAGCAGUGCCUAAAGCUUCGAUGUUUGUUUCACACCUUCAACGUCAUUCCUCAGCGGUUCUACAAUCUGCAACCGUGGAAGGUUCUUGGAAGAAAAACCAAUCCACAAAGGAAAGUUCGAAUUUGGAUCUGGCAAAGAAGGAAAUAGCUAGGUUACCAGUUGGAAGCGAGGUUUCUUGUCGUGGCAACGAGUUGCAAAACUCAGAAGUGUCGUCGCAGCUCACAGCAAUAGGGCAUCCCACUUCUUUGCCUCCUAAAAAACCGCGUCUCUCCUCUAUGCGUAUGAGUUUCUCAGAUAUUCGGUCAGUUGGAAAACCUGUGAAGGUUGACCCGGAUCUCCAAAUCCCUUCAUGUUCUACACCCCUUCGGACUCCAAAGUUGUCAGUUCGCAAUCGGGGCAGUUCCUCAUUGAAGCGAAUUCCUGUUGAAGAGGGUCCUCAGAAGAUUCCAGUCCGAAUACACCAAAGAAGCUCCAGCGUGGGAAUGGGGGAAGCUAUGUUGCAAGACUCUAUGCGAAAUGAGACAAAAAAUAUAUCAAAACUCUCUCUGCGGAUGGAAAAAUCCCAGCGAAGCUCGUCAUCUUCACAAACGACUAUGAAUAAGAACGCACCCAAAGAAGAAAAUAGUCCUGUUGAAUAUCUUUACAGUAGCAAACAACUUGCCUCCUUUCAGUUACUGCUUGGAGAAGCUUCGGAAAAGGCAUCAUUGUCUCGAAUUGGAAAGGACCCAGAGUUGUCUGUUAUGAGGACUGAAGAGCGUGCUGUGGAAACACCCACACAAUUUCCCGAACAGCUGAAUGACUUCGAGUCAGCUAGGCAACAUGUACCCCAUCGAGAAGAUUCUGAAGCUUCCACAUCCAAUGGACAGAAUGCUUCUUUCACUAACACAUCUAGUGUCGCAACCAUUACGGAGGGAACAUCCGAAGACCCAUGCAAAUGCAACGGCCGUGCCGAUAUUGAGCAUAUCUUCAACACCACUCCAGCUAAAAUCACACCGGGAUUUUUCGAAGAAGUCAAAGAUGGGGACGAGGCAGCAAGUUCUAUAGCAACGGAAACGCGUCAAGAAAUUCUUGAUGUUCGUGAUGAAAGUACCAAAAACACGAAUCUUUCUGGUUACCACAAAGAAGAUUCAACUUUGUGUGUAUGUUCGGUGGAAGCGAGUUCGUCGAAGCAGCCGUGUGGUUCUGCUGCUGAACAUAGCACGAAUCGGUCAAGUUUUCGCCAGCCAGCAAUCAAAACAUCUACGUCUGAUAGCAGUUCAGUCAGUACGCUGAAUACUACUAAAUCUGUGCGUUUUGAGAAUGUUAGGGUUUACUACUUUGCACGAACACAAGGAACUUCUACUGUGCCGAAGACUGGCAAUGUUUCNGUAUGGUAGACAAGCACUUCACAGAACGACAAUUUCCCCUCUGGUUUGGUCGACGUCCAGAAUUGGCGCUCACUCAUGACAAAGAGGAAGGUCUAUCACUCGAUGACCAUUCUCUUUUCGACCCUGAAGGACACGAACGCUGUACAACAUAUCAACUACCGACGCUGGAAGGGAAAGUUCGCAUGAAGAUGUUGAAACGCUCAGGAGUUCAAGUUCAAAAGGAUGAAGGCUUGGAAAGUCUGGAAUCGAUUCGCCAAUCGCGCUUGUUGUGUGGAUGUAUGUGUGAGAACGGCAUUUGUAAACCAGAGACUUGCCAGUGUGCCAUCGAGGGAAUUGUUUGUCAGGUUGAUGGUGUUGACGAGUCUGGCACUUCUCAUCCUUGUUUGUGCACUUCGUCCAGCUGCCGAAACCCCGAAGGUCGCAUCGAAUUCGAUGCGUCGAAUGUGAAGAAUCAUUGUCGUAUGACCAUUUUGCGAACGAAGCACGCGGAACAAGUGGGAUUGUACGACUCUCCGCAGCGAAUACGUUUCAAUUCUGAGGGGGAACCACAAUCUGCUACUCAAAUAUGCCCUCUACAGGAAAAGAAAACUCCCGCAAAUAAUGAUAAGGACUAUCGUCAGCAGGGCUGCUUGGAGGUUAUGGAUGAUCCACCGACUCGGCGAUUUCCUGUAACGCCUGUUUACAAGAGGGCUAAGCACAAGCGAAGUUUACGAGUGGAGCUCGCGGCAGAUACCAAUUCAAAUGUGGCUGA